CAUGCAUACAUACUUUUUAUGUAAAAAUAUAUAACCUAUAAAAUUCCCAAUUUUUAAUAAAUGCAGCCAUUUAUAUAACCAUUCGAUCAGAAAUUAAUACCAAUGCAAAUUGAAUAUGAAUGCAGUUAUUCACUGUGCAGCUCAUAGGUCCAGAACAAUUAUGGCUUCCAAAAAAGUUAUUUAUCCUGCAGCUGACCGUAACAAGGGUCCAAUAUUAUCAGUUCUUCAAAAAUACAUUCAACAAGGUCCAGAUCAAAUUUUUUUGGAGAUAUCAUCUGGCACUGGACAACAUGUAGCCCAUUUUGCUCCACAUUUUCCUCAAAUUUCAUUUUAUCCAUCAGAAUAUGAGUCAAAACUAUUAGAAAGUAUUGCAGCCUAUUCGAAUGGAUUUGUAAAUAUAAAACCACCUUUACAUAUAGAUAUUACAACAGAUUUCCAUACCUGGGGCAAUGACAUUUUUAAAGAAAAUAAUAUUGAUUAUAUGUAUAAUGCAAAUAUGAUACAUAUUUCACCUUAUAAAUGUGCUAUUGGCUUAUUUAAUAAUGCAGGAAAAUUAUUAAAGUAUAAUGGUAUUUUAUUUACAUAUGGACCUUAUGCUGUAGAUGGUAAAAUAACACCACAGAGUAAUGUUGAUUUUAAUAAAUCUUUAAUGCUUCAAGACUCCAGUUGGGGUCUCAGAGAUAUUAAUGAUGUAAAGGAAUUAGCAGAAAAGAAUGGUAUUAAGUUAAUAAAUAUUAUUGAUAUGCCAGCUAACAAUAAGACUAUCAUAUGGAAAAAAUGUUAA